AUGUCCCGACCCGAGCAUUCACGGACUUACUCAACGAACUUGGUGAGCAGUGGCUCGGGUUCGCGUGCGUUGGAAGGACGUAUUGGCAUUGUCACCGGAGCAAGUAGAGGUAUUGGUGCUGCCAUUGCGCGCAAUCUCGCCAGCAAAGGCUUGAACGUCGUCUUGAACUAUACAUCAGACUCUUCCGAGAAGAUCACCCAAGACCUCGCCGAGGAGCUUCAAACCCAGCAUGGCGUCAAGGCUGUCAUUGUCCAGGCGAACAUGGGCGAUGAGAACGGACCCAAGCACAUUGUUGAGGUAGCGAAGAACAACCUUUCGCAUCAGAAAACCGGCAAGUUCCAGAUCGAUGUGAUUAUCAACAACGCUGGUGUUGCGGGCAACAACAGGAUUGAGACGAUAAACUGCGAGGAUUUCGCGCGGCAGUACAACAUCAACGUCCGUGGACCUCUGCUAUUACUGCAGGCCGCUUUGCCAUACUUGCCCAACGAUCGGUCCGGUCGCAUCGUGAACCUUUCCUCUGUCAGUUCUUCGCUUGGAUAUAUCAGCCAGAGCGUCUAUGGCGGCACGAAAGCCGCCCUGGAGGCCAUGACAAGGACAUGGUCCAGAGAGCUGGCUGAGCGUGCAACGGUCAACUCAGUCAACCCCGGACCAGUCGCUACGGACAUGUACGGUACGAACGACGAGUCUUUCAUCAACUUCAACCGGCCGUUCCUGCAAAGCACGCCCUUGGCCACGCCUAGAAAGGAAUUCGAGGCGGAUAAGACGGAGUACUACGAGUCUGUGGGCGGACGACCGGCUUACAGCGAAGAAGUAGCGGGCGUUCACUGGGCUCUCGCCAGUCUCUUCCCCAGCACCGUGUCCACGUCGAGCUUUGUGCUACCCUGUCCCGCGGCCCUCACCACCGUGCGUGUUCGAUGGAGGAAAGAAGAAGAGCUACGGACUGAAGGUCCCCACGAUCGCGAACGAGAACUCACCACCACUAUGGACCCUUCAACCCCACCGGUGCCGACCGUGCUGCCCCGCCCACCAUUCGCAUCGUGGCGUACAAGUCUGCUGUGGGCCGCGUUCUUCCUUGCGGGUACUGACGCUCAAGUAUACAACCCAACAAGACUGCUUCUCAAUGGCUCUCGGGUCUACAUCUUCCAGCCCUCGUCUAGCUCGUCUUCGCAGUUUGAACUCGGCACUAUCGAUAUAUCAUCUCGCAUCGAAUCGUCCGACCCCUCAGUCACCACACUCUACUCUACGUUGCCCUUCCUCGAUUCGGAUAAACAGCGACCGUUCAACCCAAUACUAGACGAUGGAGGGAACAUCACAGUGUACACGGGUGACUGUACGUCUGGAGCAAGAGGAGGUGAGGUAUGGACCUUUGUGCCAGAAGUGUCCGAGCAAGGUGGAAAUGGCAGCUGGAGGCACGAAAACAUCACAUUCGCGCGAGAUGGCAAGCACGUUGCUGACAUAGGGCCAAACUAUCUCAGCGCGGGCAUGUCCUUCUCAGCCAUUGUUGAGGCCGAUGCCUUGAGCACGCAAGCCUACUUUUUUGGUGGAAUGUGCCCGUCGCAAGGGGGUAACAACGUUGACUGGCAGGCGAAGGCGAACUAUUCCAACUACAUGGUCACCCUAAAUCCAUCAAAAGACACCGCAGAAUCGCUGGAAUAUCAGUUAGGCACAUCUAACAGCCGAGGUCCACCAAUUGCAGAAGCUGGCUUCACACUAACCGGCUUGUCGCCAAGUUAUUCCAAUCGCAGCGACGGUACCCAGACACAGCAGCAGAACUUCGUCUUAGUGGGAGGCCAUACCAGCGCUGCCUUCAUCAACACUUCGCAGGUUGCACUGUUCUCAUUGCCUCAGCAAGGAUGGACCUUCGUUCCCGUAAAUCAACCAGACACAACACAAACAGACCUUGCGAUUCGGGCAGACGUUUCGGCGGUUGAGUCUCGCUCCGGACAUAGUGCUGUCCUGAGUGAUGAUGGUCAACGCGUUAUCGUGUUCGGUGGCUGGAUCGGUGACACCAACACGCCUGCAAGUCCCCAACUGGCAGUGUUAAAUGUCGGGGAUGGGUACGGUGGGCAAGGUGGUUGGGAAUGGACCGUGCCGUCAACAUCUGGCUCAGGCCUACCUCCAUCGGCGGGUAUCUAUGGCCACGGUGCCGCUAUGCUGCCGGGUGGGGUUAUGAUGGUGAUGGGCGGCCACUCUAUAUCGGCGUCGAGUUCCCGCAGGCGAAGAGCAUCCACGAGUGACGGUCAACGGCCGAUGUUCCUUAACAUUUCCUCAUAUACCUGGACAACCAAUUACUCCCCUCCACCCGAGACCCGGAUCGAACAGCCAGCUAAGAGCGGACCUCUUGCCACUACCGGCCAAAAAGCAGGGCUCGGUGCAGGCUUAGGAAUUGGGAUGGCCGCUGUGCUCAGCCUGAUGGCUUUUUACAUUUUCUAUACGCGCAAGCUACGGAGGCAGCGCGAGUUCCGGGAGAGUCAACUGCAUGAGCUUGCAAUGGGUGCGCACCGGUAUACUCUAUCACCAGGCUUUGAUGGUCGCGGUGGCCAGGGUGAAUACUUCCAAACCGCGGAUGACUCCCAUUUCUACCCAUCUGCAACAUCUCAAGGUGCAUCGAGCUGGGGACGAACCAAGGCCCACGACGCUGAGCGAACAGGACUACUGGUAGAGAUCCCCAGCCCGACACGUGGGUUGCGUCGUGGUUUGAGUGGGAAAGCUACCCACGGUGGGGCCCGAUACGAUGAUAGGAGAGUUCGAGGAUCAGGCCAUAUUCAUCCUAUCGAUGAGGAAGAGGAGCAGGAGCACGAUGCAGCCAACGAUAAAACACCGUUAACUUCGCAACCAGAGAUGAGGGAGCGAGGACUAGAUCAAGGUCACUCCAUCUUCGACAAUGCGCCCAGCUUGGAUCCUUUUGUGCAGCAACACCGUUUGCACAGGGAUGAUGGCGCCUUCCAUUCUGCGCCUGAUUCUCCUGUACGAGAUGAACGCGAUGACCAUCACAAUGACCACCACAGCUGGCAAGCAGUCGCCGGGCCUCAUCUACCUGGACGUUCCAGCCCCACUAAUCACGGCCGUGUAUCACCGUCGAAGUCGUCAGAGCGCACCGGGUCGAACUUAAGCGAGCGAAGUACCUAUUCCAACCUGUCAUCGCAUUCACAUAGCGGAAGCAUGGGCAGGAGUGCCUCUGUGCGCUCCGCAGCUAUUCUCAACCAUGCUGCCAAUGCCAACCCGUUCAAAACACCAGACGCCAGCCCGACAUUGGAACGCGGUACAAACAUCUGGCAAACCGCAGCGGACCCUCGCACGCGGUCUUUUACCAGUAUACGAAGCAACGCACGUUCCACGACAGCCAGGGAAGAUGCAGACUCAUUCACAACUGCGCGGUCCUCCUUCAUGGUUCUUCAAGCGGAGGGUGAGGCUCUCCUGGGUGGAAAUCCCGAGCGCACCAGGCCAAACACCUCAUCGACAUCCAACGGCUCGAACAGCCAGUCAAAUCCCACAGAGAGCAGCAUGAGCCGCGGCAACACAAUCACCGCCGCGACCUCAACAACAGAAGGCUUCACCCGCCGCCGACGUAAGAGCUGGCUCGGCAGCGUCCGCCGCGCCCUCGCGCGCUCCACCUCCACCGCCGACCGAACCCGUUCCAUGACCGCUGCAACGAUGCACUUCGAAUCCUACACCGACAGUCCCUCCCCCGAACCCAUCGAGCCCCGGCCCACCGUCGAAAACCGCAAAUCCAUGCCCGCAUCAAGCACGCUCCCCCGCCGCGCCGCCUCCGACGCCUCCUUCUGGCGCUCCAAGCGCGGCCGCCAGGACUGGCUCGAAGACGAAAUCGCACAGAACCCAAACGACCCGCGCGCAAAGUGGAAGCGGCAUCCCGGCGACGACUGGGGCACGCCCGAGGAUGUCGAGCUCGCAGAGCGCGAGCGGCUACGAAGAGAGUGGCGCGAGCGAGGGAACUUGCUCAUCAAUCUUACCGACGAGGAAAGGCUGCCUACGCCUACGACGCCGAUUGGGCCCGGGCAGCUGGGCGUGGAGGGCGGGCGCGAGAGGCCGAGCACUCCGGCGGAUGAGGACGAGUGGGAUGUGGAGGCAGCGGUGGAGAGGCGGGUCGUGCAGGUCAUGUUCACCGUGCCGAAGUCGAAAUUGCGCGUUGUCAACGCCGACAUUGCUGAGACGUCUUCGCUGCUUUCUCUCCCGAGGGAAAACUCGAAGGAAAGCAUACGCGACGUGCUGAGGGAUGAUGGCGAGGGGAGGGAAAAGGAAAGGGGGGCCGGGAGCCCGAGCAGGGUGCGCGAUCUCGCUGGCCGCUUCGAGCAGUUGAGUUCGCCGCCGCGGACGAGCCCGAGGCCGAGCCCGGCGGCGAGCAUCAAGAGUGUGAAGCUGCGUGGGAGGGGGAGCGUGGCAUCGUUGGAUCAGGCGAGGAGUAGCAGUGGAGGGGGAAAGGGGAAGGGGAAGGACAGGGCGGUGGAAUAG